UGUAACAAGAGUCAAAUUGAAACAGCACAUGCUCUUUGUUCCAACACAAUGGCUUUCACACUAGACAGGUUUGAAGAGAAUAUGGUAUUCACUUUGGAGUCUCAGAAGUCAGUGCCAGCACCCUUUCUGACAAAGACAUACCAGCUUGUUGAUGACCCUCACACUGACCACAUUGUGUCAUGGGGUGAAGAUGAAACUACAUUUGUUGUGUGGAGGCCCCCUGAGUUUGCCAGAGAUCUUCUUCCCAACUAUUUCAAACACAACAACUUCUCAAGCUUUGUUAGGCAACUCAACACCUAUGGUUUCAAGAAGGUAGUUGCUGAUAGGUGGGAGUUUGCAAAUGAGUACUUCAGAAAAGGAGCUAAGCACCUUUUAUGUGAAAUCCACAGGAGGAAAACACCUCAACAGCAUCACCAACUUUUCCAUCAUGACCAACAAUCACCAUCCCAGAUUCUUCAGCAAGAUGAAAGUCUAUGCUGGCUUGACACUCCACUACCAUCUCCAAAACCAAGCACAGACAUCCUAACAGCACUUUCUGAGGACAACCAAAGACUAAGGAGAAAGAACUUCAUGCUCCUAUCAGAACUCAGCCACAUGAAGAGUUUGUACAAUGACAUUAUAUACUUCAUCCAAAACCAUAUAAAACCAGCACCCUUUGAACAAAGAAGCAGCAGUGCUGCUAUUGCGAAGCUGGUGGAGUUGGACUCAUUGCAUGGGUCUCCAAUUGACAUGGGGGUUCUAAGAAGUUCCAAAAGUUGUAUUGUGGAUAAAUCUUUGAUUAGUUCUUAUGAGGAAUCAAAUAGUUCUGUGAAGCUAUUUGGGGUCCCUCUAAGUGGCAGAAAGAGAUUGCACCCAGAUAACACUAAUUGAUUAUGUGUCCCAUGAUGAUGAUGGUUAGCUUUUAUUGGGUGGCCAUGACUGUUUUUGUUGAGAUUGUAGAAUAUCUCUAGUCAUGUAUAGCACUGGCUGAUGUUUAAUUAUUACAUUUUGGUGUACCCCAACCCCAACAGAUUUUUCGAUUGAUAUUUUAAUCAAGAAACCAUGGUUUUUCUCUCCCUCGUUGUUGAAGUUGGAGUCACAAAGUAUUAAGAAAGUGAAACAUGAGUAUAACUCAUCUUAUAAAAUGGGUUUGUAAGGUAAAAUUACUUAUAUAUAUUUUAUAUUGU